AGUCCCGUCACGUGAAAAAUAUUUUAUUUUUUUUUUUACAAGAAGGAUGUGGGUUUUUUUCCCUUCGUCAUGCUGCCUUGAUAUCAUUCAUUCAGAACAAAAUUUCUCAUUCUCUUACGGGGGGGUUCGACAUGGGACGUUGCUCGUUAUAGUUUUGCAAUCCAAGAGUCCAUAUCCGUGAACGGUAAAAGUUGAUCUCCUCCAAGUCUCUGGGCUCUACAAUUCUCUAAAUAAGAUUAUUUCCGUUUUCCGUACCUAAAUAACGUGGACAAAUAUAUAGUUGGGUGAGCCAAAAGGGAAGUUAUUAGUUUCCCUCGAAGAAACUUCCGCUGGUCCGGAAGUGUGCUUCUGCGCGCCCGGAAAUGGAAACUUCCCGUUUCCACAGUACUGCACUGCUUAACACCUGGCCACCCCUGUACUACUAGUAGUGGCCAGCUCUUUUCCCAAAUGCUACCCGUCAUUCAUGACAAACCCUAGUUUUGUCGACCGGAAACGGAUUCAGUCGUCAAAUAGGAAAGAGAAAAAUGGAGACAAAGCUCUAUGAUGGGUGGAAGACAGCUAGAAAACAAUGGACCCUUGGUAUUUUUUUGGCAAAAGCAACUUGUCAACCCAUUGUACAAUAUUUCAAUCUCUUUCCUCAUUAGCGUCGAUUUAUCUUUCAUUGUUUCCCAAAAACAAAAAUCGCACCUUUCGAGAGCAAUUUACGCGUCCCCACGAUUUCUUUUGUUGGGCACUUUCCAUUGAAUUGCUUAGAGACUGGAAGUUAAAUUGCUUUAAUCUAGCGUUAUCACAGCUUUGUUCAUCAACGAAUUGUGGAAAAAGAAAAGUACUUUUCUUACUUGUGGUAGUCUACCCCACUCUUUUGAUUUGACUAAAUAUGAAAAUUGUUGUUGGAAGAGGUUAGUAUAGUGUAUUUUGGGGAGAGAGGUAGGAAAGGGGGGAUGAAAAGCGGAUGGAGGGGGGUUGAAAGUGGGAGUGGCUGAGCGGAGGUAGGCACGGAAGAGUUUCCAUCUGUCUUUCUUUAGUAUAGUUCAUGGCUGAAUAUCCCAUGUGGUGUUCUAUUCGUCGGUUUCUUUGAAAAGAUAUGCUUCGUCAACAAUCUCAGCUUCCUUUAGUUAUAGUUUGAAUAUUCCCUCCUAUUCCUAGUGGGGCGCUUCAAAGAACCGUGCCCACAGUCCCCUCCUCCUACUACACCGUGUGUCGUCAACAUUUUAGUACGUUAGGGUCUAUUUUCAGAAGGUGGUGUUUAGUCUUCUUCCGCCGCUAGCCUCAAGAGCACAUGUAUCAAAGGGGAUACAGUAGCCCCUUUCCGAUUUUCUUGUUACUUAUUCGUUAUUCAUCUCAGUAUGCGACUUCAACUUGACGACUAGUCAUUGCUGAGUCAUUCCACGUUCAGGUAAUCCUGCAUGUUUCGAACGAAUGAGUUGCACAAAAGCCGAACCCCGGGGUCAUCUGCUGUGGCCUCUUGAUGUCAACCAAUUGACCGACGACAUCAAAUCCAUCAAUUUCAUUUACGUCUCGGGAGAGACGCAACAGAAUUUGGUCAAAUCGGAGCCUGUCUACAUUGAUCAAUUUUUCGGCCGAAACGGUAAAAAUCAACAACCCGAUCAAAUCAGCCCGGAUACUGUGGACAAUGACGAAAUGGUUCGCGUGGCCGCGCUGAUUCACUGCGAUGACCGACAUCAUUAUUCACCGUUGUGGAUGAAGACCACGGGUGAAAGUGUCUACCAUUUUGAUCGAAACGGAUGUGAGCCCAUUUACGAAACUCUCUAUCCGCGACCUUGCGGUCACCAACAGACCGGUAAUGGUCCUCAGCCUCCUCCGCUUCCACCUCGCAAUAAUCCGCUGCCCACGACCAAUUUUCACAAGCCUUUGACUCGCACUAAUGCGCUCCUCAGCUACAGUGGCAGCAAUUCCAGUUUGAUCCAGACUAGCAACGGGUCACCUUCUCCGCCCACACAACAACCGGAAACGGACGAAGUCUUUCAAUCGGAGCCGAUCGCCAGUUCGACUUCUUCUCCGUCCGAUGAGGAACUUGUGAAUUUGAGUUCCUCUCCGCCACCUCCUCCGCCACGAAUCAAAACCUCAGACGCAGAUGUGAGUGAUACCCAGCCGACUGAAGCGAGUGAACAGUUGCCUCCGCAAUUGCCAGCACGUCAUGUUACUCACCAGCUUCAUCCUCCAGCUCUUCCGAAACGAAUUGUGUCCACUAGUCCGGAACUUAGCAUUCGAAACAGUCAAAACAAAGCCGCAUCGAUGACAACACUGCUCGCCGAUUCCGGCAGUUCCGCAUCCCAGAUUGGCCACCAGCAAUUAUUGCCCACCAUCUCCACUCUACCACAUCGCACGCGCUUCCAGAAAGUGCAAUCCAACAAUUCGGAUGAGGAACCGUUGCCGCCAAUGUGGGAAGCUCGUACCGAUAGCCACGGCAGGGUUUUCUACAUAGAUCAUCGCACUAAAACGACUUCCUGGCAACGUCCUAAGCUCACCGAUGAAUCCAACGUGGCUGAAUCGGUCACGGCAGAAGCCAGUAAUGAUAUUUGGCGUCAACAGCUGGAUCGGCGGUAUCAGAGCAUUCGGAGGACAAUCAAUCGACGUCAAAGGGAAGAAACAAACACGCCGCCUGUUGAAGCCGAGCCACAGCCCAAGCCACCAGCUCCCAUCGAAGCAGCUCCCGCUGCUGUUGCAGCAGCGGAUUUACUCAAUUCGCCAGCAUUGCGGUUCGUGACGAGACCCGAUUUCUUUUCUCUUUUGCACAACAACGACGAGGCACUUCGCUUGUACAAUCGCAAUCCAGCCAUCCGGCAGCUAUUAAGUAAAGUGUGGCGGAAUCCGUCGAGCUUUCAGCGUUAUCAGCAUAAUCGUGAAAUUGUGACAUUGUUGAAUUUGUUCGCUGAAGAUUCGCGGCCACUUCCGUCCGGCUGGGAAGCCCGUCUCGACAAGCACGGCCGACCUUUUUACGUGGAUCACCAAAACAAGUCGACAUGGUACAUUGAUCCGAGAUUGCCGCAACUGGUCAGCCCCCCGUCGCAAACUGUAACAACGGACGAUCAAUCCGAUUCCGGAAGAGCUCCCGUACCACCUCCUCGGCCUCCGUUGCCGUUACCAACUGCCACAGGAAAUCAAGGAGCAGUUGCCACGGCUCCGUCAUUUGAGCCAGCCAUUCCUACGGCCUACAACGAAAAAGUUGUAGGUUUUCUCCGCCAACCGAAUAUCGGACACAUUUUGAAAGAGAGAUAUCCCGAUUUCGUUCGAAACAGUCGCUUGCGUGAUACUGUCAAUCGUGUCAGAUCGGAGGGAACCUCAGCGCUAGAUCGUCUCGUCGGAGAAGAUCUAGUCGAUCUGACGAUUGUUUUGAGCUUAUUUGAAAAUGAAAUCAUGUCUUACGUCCCUCCAAAUCCAUCCGCCAGUAGCAACCAGGAGAUCAACGCUACUAGUUUCAAUGGAUCUGCAUCGUCGUCGCACGACUCACCCGCUCCAGUACGUUCCAUUCGAUUACCAUUCCGCCAGGGACAGCGCGACUUCGAGGCAAAAUUGCGACAGUUUUAUCGCAAACUUGAAUCGAAAGGUUACGGUCAAGGUCCAAACAAAUUCAAAAUUCCUGUAAGACGAAGUCAUUUGCUGGAAGACGCGUACACUAAAAUUAUGUCGGCAUCCAAAAAGGAAAUGCAACGCUACAAACUUCAAAUUAGCUUUCUUGGAGAAGAAGGAUUGGAUUACGGAGGACCGUCCAGAGAAUUUUUCUUCCUCAUCUCUCGACAAAUGUUUAAUCCUUACUACGGAUUGUUUGAAUAUUCCGCCAAUGAUACGUACACUGUCCAAGUAUCUCCAAUGUCCACUUUUGUCGAAAACCACCAUGAAUGGUUUCGGUUUUGUGGUCGUAUACUGGGACUGGCCUUAGUUCAUCAAUAUCUUUUAGAUGUUUUCUUCACUCGACCUUUCUACAAGAGUCUUUUACGGUUACCAGUCGAUCUAAGUGACGUGGAAUCGCUUGACUCUGAAUUUCAUCAGUCACUCCAGUGGAUGAAAGAAACAGAUCUGAACCAUCUUUCGUCCGACUUGGAGUUAACGUUUGCGGUGACUGAAGACAUUGGCGGUCAACAUGUUGAACGUGAACUCAAAGCUAAUGGUCGCAAUCUUCCUGUUACCGAGAAGAACAAGAAAGAUUACAUUGAACGCAUGAUUCGAUGGAGACUUGAUCGAGGUGUAGCUGACCAAGUGCAAUCUCUAGUCCGAGGUUUCUACGAGGUUCUUGACCCUCGGCUAGUAUCCAUUUUUGAUGCUCGUGAAAUGGAACUGGUACUUGCUGGAACAGCUGAAAUCGACGUGACAGACUGGCGGAAGAAUACCGAAUACCGUUCAGGCUAUCACGAUCAACAUGAUGUCAUCAAAUGGUUUUGGGAAGCCAUAGACCGUUUCACCAAUGAGCAGAGACUUCGUCUUUUACAAUUCGUGACGGGUACUUCUAGCAUUCCAUUCGAGGGAUUCGCUUCACUGCGCGGAAGUACCGGACCUCGGCAAUUUUGUAUAGAAAAGUGGGGUCAGCCAAUCAGCCUUCCUAGAGCUCACACCUGCUUCAAUCGGUUGGAUUUACCGCCGUACGAGAGUGCGGAAGUGCUAUACGAAAAACUACUUCUUGCAGUGGAAGAAACUAGUUCUUUUGGAAUUGAAUAAUAUAGAGCACACUUGUUUUUGUUCCUCCUAAUUCGUCCAUGAAAAUGACAAAAGAUGUUGAUUGCAUGCAGUGCCAAGACACAAGUACCAAAAGCUAUGACCGGUACCGUCCUAGUCAGCGCUUCAUGUUAUUUUCAACUCCCAAGAAAGCCGAGAAAUUGGUGUCGUUUGAAUAAUUGAUUUAUUCUAAUGUCGCAAAAAUACAUUGUGAAUUUAAAUGCAUAAA